AUGCCCGCCCCAGCAUAUCCUCUGCCCGCAUCGCCAUCCCCCCUCCAGCUCUACCGCCACCUCCUCCGAGAAUGCACCUACCUCCCGCCCGUCUUCCGAGCCGAGAUCGCGUCGACAAUUCAAGACCGCUUCCACCGCCACCGCAAACAUGACCCGCGCGCAAAGGCUCACCUUGCUCGGGCGCGUACAGCCCUGCGAACGCUCCGAGCGGCCAACAGCGGCGACAAGGCCGCCAUGGAGGGCUUGAUCUCCAAGGGAUUCGGACGGUCAGGAAGCAGGCGGCGAGAAUUGAUGGCGAGAUUCGUGAUCCCGCAAGGCCCGAAAGACUCGAGCGCUCUCGAGAAAGUCCUCGUCGCACCGCCGGGCGGAGAAGGAAGAGGAGAAGGCGAGGGCGCAGCAGAAAGCUCAGCCGAGGGCGCCGCGGCCAAGGGGAAAAGGGCCUUUUUCGAGAAAUGGGACCAAGACAAGCUUCUGCGGAUCCUCAAGUCGCAGCGACAGCAGCAGAGGGACACAAAGGGGACGGCCAGCUGGCCGGGAAAUGCCGUCAAGACAAUCGACCCCGACCAAUUCAUCCCCGAGCAAACCAUUUGGGGGAAGCCACCCUGCGAGAAGCUGAAGCAGACGAAGAGGGCUGGCUGGUGGCGGAGAAAUGCCGACAAGAUCAUGCCUCCCUUGGGCAGGGGCGAAUGGGAGAUUCUCAAAGAGUUGGCGGCCGGAGCCCAGGAGAGAGGCGAGUGGCAGAUACCGGCGAGGCGCCCGCUCGCAACCUCUCCGGAGAAGACGACGGAGGAGAUGGCGGCACGCACGCAAUGGAACUGGAAAGACUACGCGACGAAGCCGGCGGCCAUUGUCGAGAAGCCAAAGGCGCUCAAGCAGCAGCGGCGGACCGGGCAAAAGGACAGUGGCCCGUACAGCGUCAAGGAUCGCGAUCGCGAGCUGUCCAAGAGGUGGUUCCAGAGGGCAUACAGCAGAACAUGGCAGCUCACACCCACCAUGACACAAGACCCCAACACGCUCAAGUACUCGUUCACCUGGGGCAGCAUUCAACCGCGGCUCGCUCCCGCGGCCAAGCACCAGCUCGACAUUUUCGAAGGCGUGGAUGAGCGCGGUCGCAAACAGGACAAGACACCAUCGUCAUGA